AACAGAGUCAAGAUGCAAAUAUAGAGCCAGAAGCAGUUGUAUUAGAGGAAACUCAGGUGAUACAGGUGAAUGAUGAACUGCAAGGUGACUUAGGGUUGCAAGCUGUUGGGUGCGUUCAGACCACUGAGGUGGAUGAGGCUCGGGCAGAGGUGACACAGGUGACUGAUGAGGGGGUUCAGGAUGAGGAGUUAGUGCUGGUGGCCGAUGAUGGAGCUCAGGCAGAGGUGAUACAGCGAACUGAUGAGGUUCAGGCAGAUGAGGUGUUAUUGGCACAGGUGGCUGACAAGGGAGUUCAGGACAAAGAGGUGAUACUGGUGGCUGAUGAUGGACUAAUAACUCCAUGUGAAUCAUGCAAGGUAUAAUGCUGGGCAAUGAAAGCAGAAUUGACUCAGCUGAAAGCUAAGGUGACCCAGUUUAAGAACGAACUUUCCUCCAACCAAGAGCAGUGGGUUCAAACAUUCAAAGGAAUUCAAGAGCAGAAUCGUCUUUUUAUGGUCAAUACUGCCAUCCAAGCUGAACCAGUUGUUGAAACAGAGGAUACUAGCCUGACAAAGUCUAUGGAUCAACCAACUGAACAGGAUGAAGAUUUUGAUGAAGACGCAACUGAUGUCAAUAGCACUACCUGGCAUGAUGAUGAUGAUGAUGAUGACCCUACCUGGGACCCUGAAAAAAUUGAUAGUGACUAUCAAAAAGUUAAAGGUGAAGAUGACAGUGGCAAAAUACAUGAAAACCCAAGGCCACACAUGGAAGGAAAAGACAUCAGGGAAGAACNUCACAUGUCCUCAACAAACACACAGGUCUUCCUAACCCAGCAUUCAAUGCUUGUGCACAUGGAAUCAUCACAACUCCACGUGUAUGGAUGA